CCGCUGGUUUCCUUCCAAACGCUUCCAACGUCACUGUGCACAGUCCAGCACGUCACGGCCAUCAAUAAAUCAACUACCCAUUUCCCAUAUUACUCAAAACCCCAAUCAGCCAUAGUGUAAAGUUUUAGAGAGAUAAAGAUAUUCAUUUUUAGAGAUAGAGAGAGACAUGGGAACAAAGGGAAGAACAGUCAUGGAGGUCGGAGCUGAUGGGGUGGCCCUCAUCACCAUCAUCAACCCUCCUGUGAAUUCUCUCGCCAUUGAUGUACUACAUAGCCUGAAAGAGAGUUAUGAGCAAGCAUUACGAAGAGAUGAUGUGAAGGCAAUUGUUGUAACGGGUGCAAAUGGCAAGUUUUCUGGUGGCUUUGAUAUAUCAGCUUUUGGUGGAAUUCAAGGGGGAAAAACUGCAGCACCAAAACCUGGUUUUAUAUCGGUAGAGGUUCUUACUGACACUGUGGAAGGUGCAAGAAAACCUUCAGUUGCUGCUAUUGAUGGUCUUGCCUUAGGUGGAGGUCUAGAGGUUGCAAUGGCCUGCCAUGCCCGAAUAUCUACUGCCAAUGCACAGUUAGGAUUGCCUGAACUUCAGCUUGGUGUAAUUCCUGGAUUUGGAGGUACGCAGCGGCUUCCACGCCUCGUUGGCCUUGCCAAGGCCCUUGAAAUGAUGCUGAUGUCAAAGCCUGUUAAAGGGGAGGAAGCUCAUAGUUUGGGUCUUGUGGAUGCCAUAGUCUCACCAGAUGAUUUGGUAAACACUGCUCGUCGAUGGGCACUUGAUAUUUUGGAACGAAAAAGACCAUGGGUUUCUAGCCUGUAUAAGACUGACAAGAUUGAGCCUCUUGGUGAGGCAAGGGAGAUACUCAAGUUUGCGAGAGCUCAGGCUCGAAAACAAGCUCCUAAUCUGACACACCCAUUAGUCUGCAUUGAUGUUAUUGAAGAGGGUAUAGUUUCUGGUCCGCGUGCUGGGCUUUGGAAGGAAGCUGAAGCUUUCCAAGGACUUCUACAUUCGGACACUUGCAAGAGCUUGGUCCACAUCUUCUUUGCUCAACGUGGAACCUCGAAGGUUCCUGGGGUCACUGAUCUGGGUCUAAAACCAAGACGAAUAAGUAAAGUUGCUAUCAUCGGAGGAGGGUUAAUGGGCUCUGGAAUAGCAACAGCUUUAAUUCUUAGCAACUAUUCGGUGAUCCUGAAAGAAGUGAAUGAGAAGUUCCUACAAGCUGGGAUAGGUAGAGUUAAAGCCAAUUUGCAGAGCCGGGUCAAGAAAGGGAAAAUGACUCAAGAGAAAUUUGAAAAAACCCUCUCUCUUCUAAAGGGUGUUCUUGACUAUGAAAGCUUUAGAGAUGUGGACAUGGUCAUAGAGGCAGUUAUUGAGAAUGUCUCUUUAAAGCAACAAAUUUUUGUGGAUCUUGAAAAAUUCUGCCCUCCUCAUUGCAUUCUUGCGAGUAACACUUCAACAAUUGACUUGAACCUGAUUGGUGAGAAGACGAAGUCCCAUGAUCGGAUUGCUGGAGCCCACUUCUUCAGUCCGGCACACAUCAUGCCGCUUUUAGAAAUUGUUCGUACUCAGAGAACGUCUCCCCAAGUAAUUGUCGACUUACUGGAUGUUGGGAAAAGGAUAAGGAAAACCCCAGUUGUUGUUGGGAAUUGCACUGGCUUUGCUGUUAACAGGAUGUUCUUCCCUUACACACAAGCAGCUCUUUUGCUUGUUGAACGUGGUACAGAUGUCUAUCAGAUUGAUAAGGUGAUUACCAAAUUUGGAAUGCCAAUGGGCCCAUUCAGAUUGUGUGAUCUAGUUGGUUUUGGUGUUGCUAUUGCAACUGGCAUGCAAUUUGUUGAGAACUUUCCUGAGAGAACUUAUAAAUCAAUGUUAAUUCCAAUGAUGCAAGAGGAGAAGAGAGCAGGUGAAACUACUCGCAAAGGGUUUUACGUCUAUAAUGACAAACGCAAGGCAAACCCAGAUCCAGAAAUAAAUAAAUUUAUUCAGAAGGCGAGGGAUAUCUCCGGCAUUGUUGUGGACCCUAAGCUCGUGAAGUUAUCAGACAAGGACAUUAUAGAGAUGAUAUUAUUCCCUGUGGUGAAUGAAGCCUGCCGAGUCCUUGCUGAAGGAAUUGCAGUCAAAGCAGCUGAUCUGGACAUUGCCGCCGUAAUGGGCAUGGGGUUCCCACCGUACAGGGGCGGGAUCAUGUUCUGGGCUGACUCGCUUGGAUCCGAAUACAUUUGUUCAAGAUUGGAAGAAUGGUCAAGCAUGUAUGGAGAAUUCUUCAAGCCUUGUGCCUACUUAGCUGAAAGAGCUGCCAAGGGGGUUCCUCUGAGUUCUCCGUUGGAGCAAGCAAAAUCUCGGCUCUAAGGUUAUUUUUCUGGUAGCACGUGAUUCCCGGUUUAGUUAUCACUACAAAUAUGUUGGCAUCUUGUAUUUGUUUUUGUUUUCCCUUUCUUUUUUCUUGAUGGAGAGGCUCUGGAAGAGCUAAAUAAUGCAUGAGAUGUUGUAUUGAGAACACCAAUAUGACCGAGAAAUGAGAAUUUAGACAAUAAUGUUCUAUAAAAAAAAGCCGCAUGGGUAUUGAUUUUCUCUA